AUGGCAGCUGGAUACCAGGGAAAAACAACUUUUUUUGAAGUUUUUAAGACACGGUGCAGUGAAUCAGAUUUAGGUCCAAUAAGCCUUAACUGGUUUGAAGAACUUACUUCAGAAGCUCCUCCCCAUAAUUAUGAAACUUCGGAAGACCAUGGAAGUAAAAUAGAAAUUACUCAGUUGAAUUCUUUUAAAACACCACAGCGAAAACCUUUUAUUUAUAAUCAGCUGGCAUCAACACCAUUAAUCUUCAAAGAACAAAAUGUAAAUUUUUCAUUGUAUUCCUCUCCUUUAAGAGGGCCAGAUCUUUGCAAAUUAGACAUAGGUAAGGAUAAUGCAGUUGAUAAAGAACUUAGGAAAAGUUAUUGCAUAAUGAAGACAAAAUUAGGUCAAGCAAAUGAUGUUACCAGCCCACUUCUCAGUGCUUGUCUCAGUGAAAGUCCAACAGUUUUACGAGGUACAUACAGAACUCCACAGAGGGAAAAGCCUGUGACAUAUGGAAACUUAUUUUAUACCCCUAAACUAAUGAAGGUUAAUACACCAAAACACAUUUCUGAAAGUCUAGGAGCAGAAGUGGAUCCAGAUAUGUCUUGGUCUAGCUCUUUGGCCACUCCCCCAACCCUCAGUUCAACUGUGCUAAUAGUCAAAGAUGGUCAGACUUCUGGAGCUAGAACUUCUAAUGAUACAACAAUUAUGUUUCAAAAAUCUUUAUCUCAGCAUGGUGAAAGUCCUAAGAGACUUGAUAAGGCCACCUCUUCUGUACCAAACAUUGAAAACAUACAUGCAGAAGGCCAAAUCUCGAGCCACGAAUUAGAACAAAUGAUAGAUGAUUCAUUUGGUGAUGAAAAUAACUUUGAAGACCAUGGUAGAAAGAUGAUGAGAAAUAUGCCAAAUAUUAUGGAAGAUGACAUAUGUAAUCCAGUCAUUGACAUGCCUGUAGAAGAUGAUGCUUCAUUCAGUUUUCCUAGUUAUAAAAUAGGAAGUCUACAAAAAGUAAAACUUGAUAAGACUAGGAAGAAAUAUUUUAAAAUAAAAACUAAUGAAUGUGAAGAGACUGAAAAAUUCAAUAAGGAUUGCUCAAGUACAUCUGAAACUGAAUUAGAAUACUGUUAUCCUUCCAUUUCAAAAGUAACAAAAAAUGAAAUUCAGAAGCCUAUUGCAAAUGUUAAUGAAGAAUUAUUGAAGGAUGAUGUGCCAUCCUCAGCAACUCAGUGGUCUCAACUAAACCUUUCUGGUCUAGAUGUAACGCAGAUAGAGAAAACACCACUGCCACAUAUUUCUUUUUGUGAUCACAAUUCAGAAGAAAGAACAGCAAAUUCAGAGAAUGAAUGUUCAAGCCUCAUUACUUUAAAAAAUGUAGAAAUAUCACAAAUAUCAGAUGAAGAGAAAAUUGCAACACCUCAUAAAAACAGUGCUCUGUUAUUAAAACAGACAUCCCCUGGAAUUUCUCCUCUGAAUUCUUUAUCUCAGGAUAGAAAAAAUUCCAUGUUCAAGAUGGGGCAAACAUCUAAGGACACCAUCAGCAUGGACUUUUUAAGGGGUUCUUCCUUUUACACAAACAUUACAACAGAAUCUAAAGUUCUUGGAAAUAAACUGGAAGAUCCCAACUCUUCUGUAAAUGGUAUUGUUUGUCCUGGAGAGCAUGGUUCCUUAACUCCAAAUACAGAUGGUAAAGGAAGCUGUCCAACAAUUACCAAAUGUGACGCAGCAUCUUUGAACAGUACAGGUCUAAUUUCUCAUUAUAAAAAAAAGACAAAAAAGUUUAUUUAUGUUGUGAGUGAUGAUUCAUCUUGUCAAGGAAUAAAAAUAGAAAAAUCACAAGAAAUAGGAUCAGGGAACAAUUCUGCAUCAUCCCAUUUAGAAUUGAAUUCUUCUGAAGUACAUUCUGAAUUCACAGAUGCUAUUUCAGAUUUUUUGGAUUCCUCUGUCAAAAGAAAAUGUUUACAAUUUAAUCCUGAAGAGCAGACUGUCUCCUUAACUGGUCAUGGCAAAACAAUGCAGGAAGAAUAUUUUAAUGAAAGCAGCUUUCCUCAUAAUGAAGUAACAUCUCAGGAUAUAGAUUUUAAAGAAGUAAAAAUUAAUAGAGGGGAUCUAGAGUCAGCUAUAACAGAAGUUGGUAAUCAAUCACAGUCUCAAGAAAGAGGCCACAACAAUUCUUCAGGAAGUCCAAUAAUUUCAGAUAUAAAAGAACAAGUCUUGGCUGCAGCAUGCUUCCUGGCAAGAAAACAUACAGAAAUGGAAUUGGGGAAUAUUGGAAAAACUAUUCACUUUCCAACAAGAAAUAGAACUUUAAAUGACCCUGUUAAUUCCAUUAUUAAUACUUUAACUCAGCUUCCUCAGGAUCCACCAGAACUUUCUGUUGUGAUUUAUGGAGAAAAGGAACCUUUAUGCAAAAUGAAACAAAAACUAAAAUUUAGGAGAAACUCUGAUUCAGCUUUUAUCAUAAAUAAAGUUAGUUCUGAACUAACAAAGAACUUUGAUAAUAGCUGCUCUAAGAAGAAUCAAGAAACUGAAGUUUUAAAUGAAAUUUCAGGAGAAACUCAAAUGUCAUCUGAAAAAUGCAAAGAAAUUUCAGUUUCUUUGGGGGCACAGGUCAACAAAAAUACUGACCUCUUUGUAAGCAUAAAAGACCAAGAAAAAACAGCUCCUGAAUCAUACCUUGAAGAACAUUUGACUUUAAAUAAAGACAGUUUCCUUAUUCAAACAAUAGAUAAAAAGAAUGUGCAGACUAUGGAAAGUUUUGAGGAACUCUUUCAGACUAAUUCCUGUUAUUUAGGAGAGUCCAUUCCUGAGAAUUCUACAGAAAUAGAUUGUACACAGACAGUUCAUGAGUUGUGCACAGAAGAUUCUUUUUCAUUGGAGGUGGUUCCCAAAUUUACAGAAGACAGCCAGAAUCAAAACCAGGCUCCAAAAUUUGCCUAUGAAUGUAUAUCAUCAUGUAAAAAUGUUCAUUCAAAAAGUACUAUUGAUACUAAAAUGAAAUCAAAGAGAAAUGAAGAUAAUUAUUUGGGAAAGUGGGUGGGAAAUUCCAAUCCUGACUCAAAUAAGAAUUUUGGUAGUGGAUUCAAAACAGCUCCCAAUAAGGAGAUAAUACUCUCUGAACACAAUAUUAAGAAAGGGAAACAUUUCUUCAGAGACAUUGAACAGCACUGUAACAGUUGCUGUUCUAUAGAAAUUGUAGAUACUUCAACUUUAGUAGCAGCAGAAAAUAUCAAGACAGAUUUAGAUUCUGAAAACCAAAUCAAGAAUUCUUUCCCAGAUUGGAAUCAAGAGGCAAGUCAUACUAUAUCUAAGGAUGUACAGAGUAACAUAUUUGUUAUUAAUAAGAAAGAUACUGAUGUGACUGUGGAAGAUAUGUCUUCCCCAAAAGAUCUUGAUCUUAACCACAGUUUAACAGCUAGCCAAAAAGCAGAAAUUGCAGAGCUUUCCACGAUAUUGGAAGAAACGGGAAGCCAGUUUGAAUUUACACAGUUCAGAAAACAAAAUCCUACAGUACAGACGUUUGAAAUAGCCACCAACAAAAAAGGAUAUGAGUUAGCCAACUUAAAUACUUGUGAGGUCCAGAACAAUACUGAACUUGAUUAUUUUGGAGCUAUAGAUGAGGUAAAUAAGAGAGCUCCUCAACAAGUAGAUUUAAAUGUGAACUCUGAAGUAAUAAUUGAUGUAAAACAAAAAACUGUUAAUUUACCAAAAAGUAACUCUGGACAAGGCACCUCUUCCGAUAUUUUUACUGAAAAUGAAAUUGAAUUUAAAGGCUUUUGUUCUGCUCUUGGAAGAAAGAUGAAUGUUUCUAAUGAAGCUUUACAAAAAGCUAUGAAAUUAUUCAGUGAUAUUGAGGAAACACCUCUGCAAAAUUUGAGAAAUUGUUCCUUAGAUAAAACUCGUAAGUCUAAUAUUCCUAUAUUCACAAUUGCAAAUCAUAGCCAUUUCAAAGAUUUUAAAAGGAAAGAUGCAGAAUGCUUAUUAUACAAAUCACAAAAUGUUGAGAAUAAUUCUGCCUUUUUUGUUGAAGAAAACAUAGUAAAUUAUAGCAGAGACCCAGAAAACAAAAAGAGUAGUUCAUUACCUAUUAGUUCACAUAAAGAUAAUAGUAAAUUAAAAAGAUCUGUUGAACCUAUUUCAAAUAAUAACUGUCAAAGAGAAAUGAAUGGCUUGUCAUUGAUUGGUCAGCAAAAUAUGCAUCUGGGAAUGUCUAACCAACUUAAAAAACAAGAAAAUUAUCAAAUUAAGGAAGAAUUGUUAGAUUUUACUUGCUUAGGAGAAGCUGUUAAAGAUGAAGAAAUGUUUACCCUGAACAUAAGCCAAGUGGAACAGUUGUUUUCUAAUCAAAAGGAGCAAAAAAUUAAAGAAAAUGAAAAUUCCUAUGACUUACAGCAUUUUCAGACUGCAAGUGGUAGAGAUAUUAUGGUCUCCAAGGAAUCUUUCAAUAAAGUUACACACCUAUUUGCUGAAGAAUGCUCAGUAGAAGAAUUAAAUAAAUUUUCAUUUCCUUUGAUUUUGAAAAUGCCAAAUGUUGCUCAUAAUAAACCAAUGGAACAUUUAGGGAAAGAGAAAAAAAACUUAGUUGAAAGUGAAACAAAAGAAAUGGCUCUUGAUGCUACUAAAAAUCAGUUGAUAUCUAUCCAACAGGUACCAAAAAUUGAAAACAGAAAAUGGGAAACUCAUAGUAUGGUGGGUUUUCAUACAGCUAGUGGAGAAAAAGUUAGAAUUUCAAAGGAAUCUUUGGCUAAAGUAAAGCACUUUUUUGUUGAGAACAAUUUAGAAAAUGAUGUUACUAACAUUAAGAAUCUUGAGACAGAACUUUUUAAGAAAAGGGAAAAAAUUAAUAAAAAACAUGGACGAGCUUAUGAAACGGUUGAGUUAAAUAAUGCCCAAGUGUGGGAAAAAAUGCAAAGCUAUAAGGAUAGUGAUGAAAAAGUCCUUGUUUCUGUUACAACGGCAGAUCUACCUAAAAUAACUGAUAGUGCUCUUUCUACUGAACCUUCAAAUAGUGUUUUAUUUGAAGAAAAGCUAUCAGGAAAUAAAGAAAAUUGUAGAUUAUCUGAUGCAAAACAGUGUACUCAUUUGCCUAUUGAAAUUUCAGGUUUGGGAUUUUACACAGGACACGGUAAAAGCAUUUCUGUAAGUGAGACUUCAUUAUUGGAAGCAAGAAAACGGCUUAGAGAGAGAGAGUUAGAAGGAAAAACUAAAGCUUCAGAUAUGUUUAUCUCUUGUGUUGAUGAGGCCAUAUAUUUAAAAGCAGACUCUGAUGUCCAUAUGGAGAAACUUGUCCCUUUAAAUACUUCAAAUAAUAUAUCGUCAGUUGAAGGUAACAAAAAUCAUAUCUCUGAUAAGCAGGACUCAGCUAAUUUAAGUAAUAAUAUGUCAAACAUUAAACAUAAUUUAAAACAUAACACAAAAAAGACUGAUUUUUGUCAUUCAGAUGAUGCAGAUUUCUUCCCAGAACAUAAAUCUGAUAAAGAAAUGUCAUGUCUUAAGGCAAGGCCACCUGCAUUCACUACAGCAAGUGGCAAGACAGUUCACAUCUCAAAUGAAGCAGUACAAAAAGCAAGAGAAAUGUUUAUAAACGAUUGUGAUAAGUUCCCUAGACUAAACAUUGAGACCAAAUCAGAAAAUAAUGAAAUAGAAAUUGUAAAAGAUUUUUCUAAGAUAUUGGAAAACAAAGAGGACAUUUCCCUUAAAUCUUUAGAUGGCAAGAAAAGGAGUAUGUCCACAACUGAUAUUUUUGUUUCAAAUAAAAAUUACCAUAAAUUAGGACAAUUUGAAAGUAUGUCUACAAAUACUGGGUUAGAUAUGGACUCUGAACUGUCACAUUGUCAAAGAAAUUCUAAAACUUCAGAUUUGUAUAAAUCUAUUAUGGGAAGACUGCCUCAGUGUAGCUCUUCUGUUGGAAUUUUUUGUACAGCAAAUGGCAAACCUGUGCAAGUAUCAGAUAAUUCAUUAAAGAAAGCCAGAAAAGUAUUUUCUGAAAUAGAAAAUAAUUCUGAGCAAUUACUUUUCAUGACAUCAUUUAAAGAUAGUGAAAACCACCCAGAAACAUUAAUAGGAGAAGAAAAUGCCAUCCUACAUACAAAAACUAACUUAAAAUCACAAAAGAAAGACUAUUUAAGCAAUAUGCUGAAUUUACAUAACAAUUCUGGAUUUAGUACAGCAAGUGGAAAACAGGUUUUAAUCUCUGAAAAUGCAUUAAAGAAAGUUAAAGGUAUGUUAGUAGAAUUUGAUUUAAUGAAAAAUGAAUGUUGUCUUGAGCGUUUACCUGGAUCUAUACAAGAUAUUACACCAAAAGCUCUGUCUCCUGUUUGUACUGAUGGUGGUAAAAACCCAAAACAUAUUGCAAAUUCCAAAAAUGAAGAAACUUGUAAUAAAGAGCUUAACUUCUCAAAUAAUUGUAAUGUUGAAAUAAAUUCUUCAGAAAAUAGUAGCACUACUAAAGUUUCUUGUGAUCAUUUUAAGCAAGACAAGAUGCAGUCACCUUUAGAAACCAAUUUGACUCCUGCUAAAGAUGUUUCAUUUUUGAAGAAAGAACAAGUUGGCCUUAGGAAUGUGAACAUGGAAGGUGAUGGAAUUUUAGAUGAUCUUCCUGUCCAAAGAAGCCUACAAGUUUCUUCUCCUGACUCCAAAGCCCCAGAAAACUCUCUUGAAAGAGAAGCAAUGGAAAUUGCCAAAGCUUUUAUGCAAGAUGAUGAACUUACAGAUUCUGAAUUGCCUUAUAAUACAAAACCAUCCUUUUUUACUUAUAAAAACAAAGAAGAGCGCAUGCAGCUAAAUUCAAGAUUUGGGAAACGAAGGAUAGAAAACCGUGCCUCAUAUGGAGAACCCCCAAUUAAAAGAAAAUUGUUACAUGAAUUUGACAGAGCAGUGGAAAAUCAAGAAAAAUCUUUAAAACCUUCAAAAAGCAGUCCAGAUGGCACGAUGAAAGAUAGGCGAAUGUUUAUGCACCAUAUUCCUUUAAAGCCAGUUACUUGUGAUCCCUUUAGCACAACUAAGGAACGUCAAGAAAUGCUCCAUCCCAAUUUUACUGCACCUGAUCAAGGAUUUAUAUCUAAAUCUCCCUUUUUAAAACGCCAGACUUUGGAAAAUUCAAGCUAUAAAUCACUUUUGGGAAAUCCAUUAUAUAAAGCUUCCUCUACAAAUAAUGGGAAGAUGAAACCUGUGACUGUUAUAGGCAAGCCAGCCAAAGUCUUUGUUCCACCUUUCAAAACUAAGUCAAACUCUUUCACAGAUGAACAGUAUGUCAGUAAGAGACUUAAGUUAAAGGUAAAGGAGCACACACAAGAAAAUGAGAAGCAGAAACAUAUAGAUGGAUGUAAUACUGGAGACAGUGAAGAUAAUGAAAAUUGUCUCACUGACAAAGAUAACUCCAAACAAGCAACAACUGAGGUUUUUGAAGAGUAUGGAGACUCAAACCUAGAAAUUAUUAAAAAUCUUCAGAAUGCCAGAAGGAUGCAAGAUAUGAGAAUUAAAAAGAAAGAGACACAACAGAUUCAUCCACAGGCAGGCAGUUUGUACCUUACAAAAACAUCUACCAGUCCUAGAAUCUCUCUCAAAGUAGCAGUGGAAGGCAGAGUUCCCUCUACUUAUUCCAGUAAACAGUUGUAUAUGUAUGGAGUUUCUAAACAGUGCCUGAGAAUUAACAGCAAAAAUGCAGAGUCUUUCAAAUUUCACAGUCAGGAUUACCUUAGUAAGGAGCAUUCAUUGGAUGGAAAUGGAAUACAACUGGCCGAUGGUGGAUGGCUUAUACCUACUGAUGAAGGAAAGCUUGGAAAAGAAGAAUUUUACAGGGCUCUAUGUGAUACUCCUGGUGUUGAUCCAAAACUUAUUACUAAAACCUGGGUGUAUAACCACUAUAGAUGGAUUAUAUGGAAACUGGCAGCUAUGGAAUUUACCUUUCCUGAGGCAUUUGCUAGUAGGUGCUUAACUCCAGAACGGGUGCUUCUGCAACUGAAAUAUAGAUAUGACAUGGAAAUUGAUAAGAGCAGAAGGUCAGCUAUUAAAAAGAUAAUGGAAAGAGAUGAAACAGCUGCAAAAACACUGGUGCUUUGUGUUUCUGAAAUAGUUUCAUCAGGCACAAAUACAUCUGUAACUGCCAACUGUAAAAACAGUCAUGCAGACACCAAAAAAGAAGCAGCAGUUAUAGAAGUCACAGAUGGAUGGUAUGCAAUCAAGGCACUGUUAGACACACCCCUCCUAGCUCUCUUACACAGGGGCAAAUUGACUGUUGGUCAGAAGAUUAUAACCCAUGGAGCAGAACUGAUAGGUUCUCAGGAAGCAUGCACACCUCUUGAAGCUCCAGCAUCUCUUAUGUUAAAGCUUUCAGCUAAUAGCACUCGCCCUGCUUGUUGGGAUGCCAAACUGGGCUUCUUUUCAGACCCCAGACCUUUUCCACUGCCCUUAUCAUCACUCUUCGGUGAAGGCGGAAAUGUUGGCUGUGUUGAUAUAGUUAUUCAGAGAGCUUAUCCUACCCAGUGGAUGGAGAAGACAUUAUCUGGAUUAUAUAUAUUUCGUAAUGAACGAGCAGAAGAAAAAGAAGCUUUAAAACAUGCAGAAGGUCAAGAAAAAAAGCUAGAAGCCUUAUUUGCAAAAAUACAAGCAGAAUUUGAAAAACAUGAAGAAAACAGUUCAAGACAGCAUGGGCUAUCACGUAUUCUAACAAGACAGCAGCUUCGUGCUUUGCAGGAUGGUGCAGACAUUUAUGAAGCAGUUAAGAAUGCACCAGAUCCAGCUUACAUUGAGGGCUGUUUCAGCAAAGAGCAGUUAAGAGCUUUGAAUAAUCACAGGCAGAUGUUGAAUGAUAAAAAGCAAGAGCAACUCCAGUCAGAAUUCAGAAAGGCCAUAGCAGCUGCUGAACUAGAGGAGCAAGGAUUGUCCAAAAGAGAUGUGACUGCGGUUUGGAAGUUACGAGUCAUCAACUAUGAGAAGCAAGAAAAAGAUUCAGUUAUAUUGAGCAUCUGGCGUCCAUUAUCGGAUAUAUAUUCCCUACUAAAGGAGGGAAAUCGAUACAGAAUCUACCACCUGGCAACAUCACCAUCUAAAAGUAAAUCUGAUAGAUCCCGUAUCCGAUUAACAGCAACAAAGAAAACUCAAUAUCAGCAGCUGCCGGUCUCUCUUGAAACUCUGUUCCAAGUUUAUCAACCAAGGGAAGCACUGCCAUUCAACAAGUUAAUGGAUCCAUCUUUUCAGCCGCCUUGUGCUGAAGUAGACAUAGUGGGGUUUGUGGUUUUUAUCACCAAAAAACCAGGUGUUGUACCUUUGGUGUACUUGUCAGAUGAAUAUUAUAAUUUAUUAGCAAUAAAGUUUUGGAUGGAUCUUAAUGAAGAUGUUAUUAAACUGCAUACAUUGAUAGCUGCAAGCAACCUUCAGUGGAGAGCAGAGUCCAGAUCAGGAAUUCCCACCUUAUUUGCUGGAGAAUUUUCUUCAUUUUCUGCCAGUCCAAAGGAAAAUCAUUUUCAAGAGACCUUCAACAAGUUGAAAAGUUCUGUUGAGAAUAUUGUCCUGUUUUGCAAUGAUGCAGAAAGUAAACUUACUCAUCUGCUCCACACACAUAAUUCUAAACAACCGAAUGCAGUCAAAGAAUGUAAUUUAGACUCACCUUCUCCUCAAGCAAGAUUGGGCAUUGGUUUGGGGAUACCCACUUUUCAUAGUGAACCAAGUCAUCCUUGUCCUGAAGGGAAUUCUGGUCUUACUACCAGCUCAGUCAAAAUAACCCCAACAUCAGACUGUAGAGGAGACAGAAAAAUGGAAGACCCCAAAAUCAGCAAGAAGAGAAGAUCGUUGGAUUUCUUCAGUAGACUGCCUUUGCCUCCACCCGUUAGCCCAAUUUGUACAUUUGUUUCUCCGGCUGCACAGAAAGCAUUUCAGCCACCAAGAAGCUGUGGCAGCAAAUACAGCGAGCCCAUAAAGAAUACAUUGAGCUCUCCUCAAAUGAUGACAGUAAAAACACUGAGUGGAACAAGUACGGUGGAUAAUGAUUUAAUUGCAGAUGAAGAACUGGCAUUGAUAAAUACACAAGCCCUUUUGUCUAAUUCACCUAAAUAAAAGUAAAUUACUUGAUUAAUAAAAAUAUUAUCGAUGGAUCCACCAGCAGAGAACCCAGUGCUUCAGGGGCAUGCUAUAGUGAAAAAAAGACUGUCCUAAAACUGUGAUAAAAGUGAGACAUAUUUCUCAAACCAGUAUCAGACUAAAAUUACUAGGUAAGACAAAAAUGAAAUCAAAGUUUUACUAGAAAGGCUCAAAGUGACAAAAACAAAAAUGACAGGAAACAGUACAACAUCCUUUGUUUCCAGUUCUAUU